GAUGAAUGGCAACACAAAUUCAUGAAAUACAAACAAAUGGAUUUACCUACCUUUACAAUUAAUGAAGAUAAUGCAAAAGAGCUGUUAGAAGCACAACGUAACAUAUGGAUACAUACUUUUUACUACCUCAAAUCCAUGGCCUUAAAGUGUGUCCUUCAACUUGGCAUUCCAGAUACCAUUCAUAAACAUGGCAAACCCAUGUCUUUAAAUGAACUAGCCACUUCUCUUCCAAUUCACCCCAAUAACAUUCCUUCCCUUAAUCGUCUAAUGCGCAUUUUAGAAUCUUCUAACUUCUUCUCCAAGAAACUUCUAGAAGAUGGAGGAUAUGGGUUUGAUCUUACAUUGAGCUCCCAACUCCUGCUGAAAAACCACCCACAUACUCAAGCACAAUUUUCUCUUACACUGCUUGAGCAAAUGGUAACUGAUCCAUCUCAUCAUCUUACAAGCUGGUUCCAAAAUGAUGCAGAAUCCUCCUUCCAUGUUUUAAAUGGAAUGAGUUUCUGGGAGCAUAUGAGCCAUGAUUCUAAGUUUAAUCAGUGUUUUAAUGAAGCCAUGGAAUGUGAUUCGAGAUUCGUAACAAGCUUGUUGGUGAAUAACAAAAGUUUUAAGGGCAUAUUUGAGGGUGUUGAAACGUUGGUGGAUGUAGGGGGUGGUAAUGGGACUACUGUUAAGGCCAUUACUGAAGCUUAUCCAUGGCUGAAGUGCAGUGUUCUUGACUUACCACAUGUUGUCCAAGGAUUACAGGAGAAAGCUUCAAGUAAUGUUAAGUUUGUAGCAGGUGAUAUGUUUGAAGCUGUUCCUCAUGCUGAUGCUGUCUUACUUAAGUGGAUACUGCAUGAUUGGAGUGAUAAAGAUUGCAUAAAGAUUCUAAAACUGUGCAAAGAAGCGAUCUCUAACAAAAACAAAGGAGGGAAAUUAAUAAUCAUAGAUAUUGUGGUGGAUUCUGAAAAUGAUCAUAUCAUAUCAAAGGAGUCUAAUACGAAGUAUUUAUUUGAUAUGCUGAUGAUGUCUCUCUUUGGAGAUGGAAAGGAAAGAACUGAACAACAAUUCAAGAAUCUUUUUCAACAAGCUGGUUUUAGUGAUUAUAAGAUUAUUCCAAUUUUGGGUUUAAGAUCAAUCAUUGAGGUUUAUCCUUCACAAAUAAUUUAAAGUUUUCAUAUGUAUGAUAAUUUGAUUUGUGUUAAUUUGUGUUUUUCCUUCCGUUUGGAUUAAUUGUGGGCUUUUCGAAGCUUAUCAAUAUGAUUUAAUGCAUAAGCUUAAUUAUUAUUGCAAAUGUUAUUAUACACUUGCUUAUAAUAAAGCUGUUGUUUUGUUACUUUGCUUAUUAUUAAAAUAAUAAAAGAAAUAUUAGCUUCAA